AUGCCGAGCAAGAAGCACCCUACAGUCUUAUCAAAUGCACAUCCGUAUGCAAUCAAGACGACGUCCUCUGCUGUUCUUUCACGUUCGAACUUAUCGCCGCACUCAUCACCCUCAGUCAAACACCAUUAUGUUCCCCCAUCGCCAACUCGCCCAAGGCAUUGUCACGCGUUUUCCCUUUCGUCCGCUGAAGGUGCGAGCGUCAAUGAAAUUCCUCGACCUUCUCCGUUGCCUGUCCCCCCUUCCUUUCAUUCUAUCCCUCCAACACGUGCAUCUUUCUCUCUCAGUGAUGACGCAACACCUUCUCGCAGACUGAAGCGUGCAGGCACGCUACCACCCUCCGCCAGUGUGUCUGCUCUUAAUAACAAUACUGUUACAGAGGACAAUAAUCUGCCUCGCAAUCCCAAGCACUGGUCUACUGACGACCUCGUUUCACAUCUUGCCACUUCACUCCGGGCAGGCAGCGAGUUGAGUACCGAAGACCAGGGACAACUUCUUUGUAUGAUCAAAGAACAAACUAUUACCGGUAGGAAUUUUUUGAGAUUAACUGACGCUGACCUCGCUAGCCUGUCUCUGACACCUGGUCAACGACUUUAUCUGCUCGAAGCUUCCCGCGCCUUGCGCGCAGAUGUUCUCCGCGGUCGCAUAUGGGUGGACUCAUACCAUUCUAAAGACAUAUCUGCACACUCAAAGGGUGUUCAUACACGACCCAUACGCAGCUCGAAUUCGCCUUUCAACUGUGAUCUGUACAAUUUUUCCACUUCAUCGGUGGAUCUAAUCCUCCCGCCAUCUGCCUCCAUAGGAACCGAUGGAGACCUUCCGCCAUCCCCAGCCGUAACCUUGAUUCGCUCCAACUCUGUUUCAGACUCCUCAGCGCAGAGGUACAGAGACCUUGCACGUAUGCGAGUUAGGAGACGUGGACAGGUUAAGGGUCUCGUCGACACUUGGGAGCGCGAAAGAGGCGCCGUCAGUGGGAGCGAAGGCUCCAUGAGCGGCAGUGAUGCCGAUAGCGACAGUGACAUUCCGUCCCCUGGGUCACCUGUUCCUCCUGCCCUCUUAAAUUCGACGAUCCGUCUAAUCAACCCACCACCUCCAUACACAUCGCUCAAGGAGAUUGAGGAUGAACCGACCGUCGAGGACCUCCUAACGUCUCCUGGUCCUAUAAAAGGUGCACGCGCUUGGGAAGAGGACUACGGGUUGGGAGAGACCGUCAAGCGGAUCCCCGCUAAUACUCCUACCCCUUUGCCAUUGGCAUCUACAUCUCCGAGGGUGGCAGCUGCGGUCGAAAUCAAUGCCGACUCAAACGAGUCUGCAGCAGAAUACAACCUCAGCAAGUUCAGUGACCUUGGAAAUGGCCGAGCUAAUACUCAGAAGCGAAUAGUGACCGCGAUCUUUACCGGAAGCUCCAACAAGAUGGACAGUGCGUUGGACAGCAUACCUGUAGACGACCUACCUCAGGCCAACUUAGAUCCAGGGAAGGUUGUGAGCAUUCUUCAUGCAGCAGAACUUGAGGUUACUACAGUCGAGUCAGCUGAAGGCGUCUCUCUUCCGCCCGACCAAGUUGUGGCACCUUCUGAUAAUGAUACCGUCAUUGCGAUACUUGAAGCAUCCAUCGCAUCUACUCGAACACAACUUGAAGCCUUCCGAGCACGUCUGGAAGUUGUCGAAGCACAAGUCGCAGCCCAGGAAGUUGUCAACCACGUUUACCUUCGUCCUGAAGAAGCUCGACGAGCGCUCGAUGAUCAACCCACAGACCAUUCUUCUGUUCACGAUCCAUUCCCUACUCCGGACAACGUGGUCUUCUUUGGUUAUCAUCUUGGAUUGAAAUCAUUUGUGCACUCAAUCAUUGCUCGCACAAUGGGAUGGUUGUAUCCCUAUUCUCAUCCUGGUGCACACCCUCGUCCAGAAGUAAAGACUAAACGUUCUGAAGGGCUAAGCUUUCCCCUCGUGCAACUGCGCAUUUUACCCGAGUUUCGACUAUCCUACGUGAUCAUGUUCUCUUUCGUGCUUUGUGCAGCCGUUUUGCGCAAAGUAGGAAAAACGAUGCGGAGGCGUUAA